AUGGCAUCAACUUUGAUUUUGACCCCAUGCCGCAGCCUUGACUUCGACGACGAAGAGGUCAAAUCUUUGAUGACCCCGGAAGUAAAGAAGGAUCUCCGUCAUCUGUUCGAUGAUGAUGAUUCUGGGCUAGGAAUAGAUGAUCACUUGAGUCCAUCAGCUGACUUCAAGGUGUCCACACGGUUAGAUUUCAGCAACGUGUUCGCUACCCCAGGAAAACAUAUUAUUAAAAGAAACGACACCGAAAUCAAGCGUUCCCUCUUCUCAGGCAAGCGUUUCCGUGAUGAAGCUGACGAUUUCCUAACUCCCUCACCAAAAGCACAAAAGAAGAAUGAUGGGGUUUUCAGCAGGACGAUGUCUUGUGGGGAAAGACCGAUAUUGAGAUCACGUGACCUUAAGGCUGCUGUUAACCGACUGGUGGAGGAGGACUUGGUGGGGGAUGCGACAGAAACGUUUUGUCUUCCGACUAUCCGGGGCAAACAUCAAGACCUUAAGUCUAUCUCCGUAAACACGAUGACUGACCUUUUAACCGAAAGAUAUGAUGACGUCAUCAAUAACUACAGAAUCAUCGACUGCCGAUACCCAUACGAGUAUGAAGGAGGCCAUAUCAAGGACGCGGAGAACAGAUAUACACGUGAUCAGAUUCAACAGCUGCUUCAUGAGACACCGACUCGUGACGUCACCGGAAAGAGAAACAUUCUCAUUUUCCACUGUGAAUUCUCCUCCGAGAGGGGACCCAAAAUGAUGCGUUUCCUUAGAUCUCAGGACCGUACUCAGAAUGAGGCUAACUAUCCGUCCUUGACCUUCCCCGAGGUGUACCUCCUGGACGGCGGCUACAAGGCAUUCUAUCACACAGAAAAGACACUGUGCCAUCCCCAGGAAUACAAACCAAUGCUGCAUCCUGGCCAUUCUGAAGAUUUACGUCACUUCCGAACUCGAUCAAAAUCCUGGUCGGCGGGGAACAAGAAGAGAACACUUUCCCGGCGUCGCCAAUGA